CCCUGACGAUUGCCUCCAAGAAUUACCCAGAACAAAAUCGGAUUAAACAACUAAUUGGCUUGGCUUGUAAUGAAAAGAAAAACAAAGGACAUUUCUCUACCUGAAGACAGGCUCAGAAGAAUAGCAGUUUCCUGAACCACGUCUCCAGUGUCCAAGUCGCUGACAAUGAAAUUCAACAAGGUGCGGCCGAGAGGAGGGGACGACGAAAAUAAACAAGUCCCCAAUCCCCGCAGCUCGCCUCUGCGGCCCAGGACUCAGGGAGAAAGCAAAAGUGAAAGGACGUCUCUCGAAGCCACGCUGACUUCCAUCCCAUCUGAAGAGGCCCAUCUCAGAGCCCCAGAUAACACCUCCGGGGAGAACUUGCUCAGGGAUCAGACCGCAAACCCUCGAUCACCAAACGCAGCAGAACCGCCCCGGAGGAUCGCAGAGCAGAAGGGCACGGGGGCCGAGCAGGAAGGCCUGGUCAGUCCAAAAAGCAAACCACCUGGAGCCCCUCCUGUAAGUGAGUGCGCGGCGGCCCAGCUGCGAGGCCUGGUGAGAAGGCUGCGGCUCAGGACCGCCCUCUGCGGGAGGCGGCUGGCAGAGGGAGGCCUGUCCUCCGAGGCCAGCCCCCCAACCGGUAAGCCCUGGUCCUCAGCCCAGCCCCCAGCUGUGCGGUGCGCGCAGGACCAUCGCGGCCCCACGCCGCGGGAGCGAGCCCGGCUCCCCGGCAGCACCGACUCCUGCACAGCGGGCCUCGAUCACGCGGCGGCUCCUCCAGGCCCGCGCUCCCUGCUGUGGCUGCUGCUGGUGGCCGCCGCCUGCGGCUGGAACUGCGGGCUGCUCCCCGCGCGCCUGGCCUUCCCGUGGCAGAGCCCGCGCAGCGCGCGCUACUGGCUGGCGGCCGACGGCGUGUGCGACCUCAUCUACCUGUGCGACGCGCUGCUGGUGCAGCCCCGGCGGCAGGGCCUCCGCGGGGGAGACGUCAUAAUGGAUCCCCAUGAGCUAGCAAGGCACUACAGGAGUUCUACAAAAUUUCAGCUGGAUGUGGCGUCAGUGAUCCCAUUGGAUGUGUUCGGCCUCUUCUUUGGCUUUAAUCCAAUAUUCAGGAUAAACAGGAUAUUGAAGUACAGGUCAUUCUUUGAGUUUAAUCAUCACCUGGAAUCGAUUAUGAACAGAGCGUAUAUCUACAGGGUCGCUCGGACGGCGGGCUGCUUGCUGUUUGCUCUGCACGUGAAUGCCUGCAUCUACUACUGGGCUUCCGACCACCAAGGCUUCGGAACCACCAGAUGGGUGUACAAUGGUGAAGGAAACAUGUAUCUGAGAUGUUAUUACUGGGCAGUCCGAAGUUUGAUUACCAUUGGGGGUCUUCCAGAACCACAAACUUUAUUCGAAAUUGUGUUUCAGCUGCUGAACUUUUUCCUGGGAGUUUUCGUGGUCUCCAGCUUGAUUGGUCAGAUGCGCGAUGUCAUCGGAGCCGCCACGGCCGCGCAGAACAACUUCCGGGCCAGCCUGGAUCGCACCGUCACCUACAUGCACUCCUACGCCAUCCCCAGGCGAGUGCAGGCCCGCGUCCGGGCCUGGUAUGAGUACACGUGGGACGCGCAGAGGAUGCUGGACGAGUCGGACCUGCUCGAGGCCCUGCCCGCCGCCAUGCAGUCAGCCCUCGCCGUGGACAUGAACUUCAGCGUCCUCAACAACAUCGACCUGUUCAAGGGCUGUGACACCCAGAUGCUUCAUGACCUGCUGCUCAGGUUGAGGCCCACCGUCUGCUUACCUGGUGACUUUGUCUGCAGAAAGGGAGAAAUCGGCAAGGAAAUGUACAUCGUGAAGCAGGGGGAAGUACGGGUGCUUGGAGGCGCCCAUGAAGCUCAAGUUCUGGUCACUCUGAAAGCUGGGACAGUGUUCGGAGAAAUCAGCCUCCUGGCAGCAACAGGAAGCCGCCGGACCGCCAGCGUGGUAGCCCACGGCUUCGUGCACCUUCUCACCCUGGACAGGAAGGCCCUUCGGGAAACCCUGGUGCAUUACCCGGACUCGGAAAAGCUCCUCGUGGAGAAAGCCAGGUGCGCCCCACGCCCCCCUAGAGGCGUCGCUCUCCAUCCCCGAGGAGACCGGCGCUGCUCGGCCGCGACCUCUCCCACUCAAGGACUUGCUUUCCUCUUCCCACCGAGACCAGAGACACCCGAGCCCUGUGGACUCUCGGAGAGAGAACCACGCAGGAAAACAGCGAGUCCUCCACAGGAGGAGAGGGCAGAGGACGAGGCUGUGAAGAUGCAGGAAGAGCUGUGGAGGGACCACCGGGCAGGUCGGGAUGCAGAGCAGGUGCUGUCCCCGCAGAGGACAGGCUCCCAUUGGUCAGAAGGGCAGCGUCACCCAGCUGAGCCUCCCGCCUCUCCCACACCAUCCCCGCAGCUCCUGCCAGGGCGAGGAGGAGGUGCUGACCAUGGCAGUCGAGGAAAGGGCUCUGAUUGA